AUGGGCGGCGGCGGCGGCGGCGCGAAUCUAAUCGGAACAGGCGGUGGAAUGAUGGGAGCCGGAAUGAUGGGAGGCGGAGGAGCCGGAAUGAUGUCGGGAGGCGGAGCAGGUAUGAUGACGGGAGGCGGAGGAGCCGGAAUGAUGUCAGGAGGCGGAGCCGGAAUGAUGUCGGGAGGCGGAGCCGGAAUGAUGGGAGGUGGCGGAGCAGGAAUGAUGACAGGUGGAGCUGGUAUGAUGACUAAGGGAGCGAUGAUGGGUGCAGGAAUGUCGGGCGGUAUGGGAGGAGGUAGUAUGAUGGGAGGAGGAGCUGGAAUGAUGGGAGGCGGAGAAAUGAUGGGAGGAGCUGGUAUGAUGGGAGGCGCCGGUAUGAUGGGAGGUGCCGGAAUGAUGGGAGGAGCCGGAAUGAUGGGAGGUGCCGGAAUGAUGGGAGGUGCCGGGAUGAUGGGAGGUGGCGGAAUGAUGGGAGGUGCCGGUAUGAUGGGAGGCGGAGGUAUGAUGGGAGGCGGUAUGGGAGGUGGAAUCGGUAUACACGGCUACGGAGGUGGUAGCAUGAACGAAGGACAAUACAGUAAAGGAAAUAAAAAUUUGAACGAUUUAAGAUACGAAAAGGCUCACGGUCAUCACGGCGGUGAAUACGGCAAAGGUCAAUCGGGUUAUAAUCAAGGUGAAAUGGCAGCUAAAGACAUGAAAGGCGAUAUAGGUUAUUACAACGGCGCCCAAGGCGAUAAAAAAAUCUACGAGGACGGUAAAGUAUAUCACGGCGCCAAAAAAUUCGAUCAGGAAGGUAAAAACGAAGGUGUCCAAAGUAUGAUGAAAGGUCAUAAGAAGGGACACAAGAUGAAAGGUUUCAAAAAUUCUCAUCAAAAACACGAAUCGGGAAAAACUGAAGAAUUCUACGACGAAGAUCACGACGAAGGCGGCAACUACUUGUUCAAUAACCAAGCAGGAAGUUUCGGCGAAAACGCCGGAGCCGCGUUCAAGGGAGGUAAAGACAUCGGUAAAUUUUCCGCCGAAGAAGCCGGUAAAUCGGGACACUUUAAACAACAGUUUCUUGCUGAUAAGGCUAAUGCUAACCAAGGAAGGGUUAUAAUAUUAAAAUAA